UUACAAAUUCGUCAUUUGAAAUAAACGAAGUUUCAGCAUACUACCCAUCUAUAUCUGACAUGUAUAUAAGUUGUGGUAUGAUUUCGUUAAUGACUAUGACAGGCCGAAGGUAAAAGUUUACAACUGUAGUUACGGCAAACACCUGUCUGACCUAUUGACCUGGCCCCGUCCUGUUGCCCCAAUGAGUAAGUCCAAUAUUUGACGAAUCUACGUUUAUUUUGCGCCCGGUAUAGGUCUGACUUUGCGCCGGGCAAGACAAGUAAAACUUUGAACUGUGCUUGUUUUUCACAAGGACUGGAACAGUAUACCCGUGUGACUGGAACCUGCGGUCUACGGGCAGUAUGUCUGAAGCAAAGAUCCUCCUACUCUUCUGCGUCGCCACAUGUCUGGCUGGUGUGCGCGCCUGCCCGCCAGAAUGUACGUGUUUUCAAGAUGUACCCAGCGUGCACUGCAACACCCCAACUCUGGACCAUGUUCCUAAAGGCAUCCCGAGUAACACUACACUGCUGCAGAUGAAAGGUACACAACUCCGUGUGGUAAGGAAAGGUGAUCUGUCCGGUCUCCCACUGCUGAAAAUAUUGUAUCUCUUCGAAAACAAACUACAAACAAUCGAGGUCGGCGCCUUCGACGACGUCCCAGCAAUUGUGGACAUCGAGAUCGGGAGUAACCAGAUAUCGGACCUGCCCCCGGGUGUGUUCCGGGGCUGUGGUCAGCUGCAGACUGUGGCUACUGAUGGGAAUCUGCUCACUACAAUUCGACAGGGAGUUUUCAUAGACUUACCAAACUUACAGGAAGUAAGGCUCACCUACAACCACAUCGAGAGCAUAGAAGUGGGAGCCUUUUCCAACCUGUCAAACUCUGUCUUCUUCAGUUUGCAAAACAAUCACAUCCGGGAGAUCAGGAAAGGCGUGUUCCGUGCUCCGAUCGGGGCCAGGCAACUCCUGUUGCAAAACAACAACAUUUCUGUCAUUGAGCCCGGUGCACUUUCGGCUUUCAGUAAAUUAAGCACACUUACUCUUGAUAACAAUGCAUUGUCAAACCUAACGGGCGCUCUCCGAGGUUUAGGCAAUACAAACGCCAUCAGUCUGAAAAGUAAUCAGAUAGAGUCACUGGACGACAACACGUUCGAUGGACUUCACAAGCUCAGUCAGCUGGAUCUGUCCAACAACCAAAUUGGCGCCAUCACGGGACAGGUGUUCGCUGACCUCUCAAGUCUCAACUUACUUAACCUUCACAACAACAAGCUUGUGAAAGUAGAUUCGACAUUUCCGAACGGGAUACUGCAACUUGUCUUGUCCGCUAACCAGAUAGCAGCUCUCACUGAAAGCACGUUUAAAGGACUUUACGACCUUUUAAGUCUGGACCUGUCUGACAACCAAAUUGGCGCCAUCACGGGACAGGUAUUAGCUGACCUCUCAAGUCUGAACUUCCUUGACCUUCACAACAACAAGCUUGUCCGCAUGGACUCCCCGCUACCUAAAGGGAUAAAGCAAAUAUUGCUGUCCUCUAACAUGCUUUCCCAAGUACCGCCGCUACCCGGUGCGCUUGAUACACUAGACCUGUCCCACAACCCCCUGCAGUCCCUGGUACAGGGACAGUUCUCCCAUAUCCCCAGCAUCACUACCCUUGGUCUCUCUGGUAUAAAGUAUUUCAUAGAGAAAGGCACCAUUGACGCGGGCGUGUUCGCUGGACUCGGCAGGCUGGGAACGUUGAACCUCGCCGACAACAACCUUACUCGGGUCCCUUCGGAAGCGCUCGGGAAAAUAAUCCAUUUAGAAAUACUCAACUUAUCAGGAAACGAAAUCUCAACUCUCCAUCCAAGUGACUUCGUCAACAUGACGAAUAUCACACGACUGGACCUUAGCGGGAACAAUCUGACGUCAGUGCCUCAGGCUGUCUUCGGUAAGCUCUCAAGGAUGUACGAAUUGGACCUCUCCGACAACCCCAUUGUUUAUGUUGGUCCAAGAGUCUUCAACAAAGAGCUGGUUGCCGUUCAUUUGGAUCACACAAAACUCCGCAUAAUAGAUGAAACUGCCUUCAAUGGGUCAGUGGACGUCAAGUGGCUGAGACUGAACAACAACUAUCUGCAGUUCCUGCCGGGUGGGAUCUACAAACCGUUGACUUUCUAUGGAGACUUGAUGGAGCUUGAAGACAUGACUAACAACCCCUGGAAGUGUGACUGUCAGAUGUACGAGUACGCGCAAUAUGUCAGAACACCUGCGGCCUUUGCCCUUAGUAGCCUUGAGUGUGCGGGCCCAGGGAGCCUGAAGGGACAGGUUCUGCGGAACGUCUCACUGAACGCUCUUAGAUGCGACUGUCCGCACAAAUCCGCCCCGACCAUAGAUACAAGGGGAAGUACCGCAGUCGUCCAUAUCAGACACAGAGCAGUACUCAAGUGUCAGGUCACGGCCUGCCCUGAAGCAGCGGUCAUCUGGACCACUCCUACCGGCGUGAGUCUGACCUCUGACUCCCAACAUCCGGGUCUCAGUGUUCUAUCAGACGGAAGUCUGGUCGUCGUGUCAGCGUCAUCAGAGGACUCGGGCACCUACAGCUGCAUGGCGGUCAACUACCUCGGUACGGCUACGGCAACGGUCAAUCUCAGGGUCACCAACGGGCCUUAGAUACUAGUAACCGCCGGUUACGAUAUGACCAGUCAAAAACGGAGCAUGGACGGAAACGACAGAAAGAAGAUCCCUUGGAAUCAAGAGGCCGGUGUCGGGCUCACACAUGAUCAUAGUACUUCAUGACUAUACGCCAUGUGACCCUUCUUAAAUGGAAUCCAUAGUCACCAACGCUGCGCCGCUUUAUACUUGACGCAGGCUCGCUUUGACAGUGAAAGUGUGGAUGUUUCACCAACACCACAGACUCGGUUUGACACUUUUCUUGUGUCUCCUACUCCGACAGUUCUUUUUCCACAUUAUACGCUUUGAUGGUGGCGAUGUAUUACUGGUUACAUGAGACAUCAUAUCAGAAAUAAUCACAAGAAUAUAAAUCCUCCUCAAAAUUAUUGGAACGAAACUACUAUACAUGUUCUAGGCCACGAGGU